AUGCGCGCGCGGGGGUCCCAGGGCCGGGUCCCGCGUUCGGCGACGGUCGGGACCGUCGCGCGGCGCGAGAUCAUUACAUUAGAUCUCGCCCCAACCGCGCUUCUUCGGUUCCUCUCCGUCCCUUACGCCACCUUGCGGCCGCCGGAUUUGAAGCCCUUCGGAGCGUACUGCUGCUGGGACUUCGUGCCCGUGCGUCAGGGCUUGAUGAACUUCUUGGCGCCGAACUCGCCCUGCACGGCAGCCUUGGCGAUGUGCACCCUGCUGCCCCCCUUCCGCUCGAAUCCCGCAGCCUUGGACGCGAGCUUCGCGGUCUUGUCGUCGGUGGACUCGCAUCCCUCGGGGUCGGCGAAGAGGUCGUUCAUCGUGACGGGGCGGCUCAUGGUCCGCGUCGAGGUGGGAGACGGUCGCCGGCGCGGGGCUUCUCCCUGA